AUGGAUCCGGAGCCGCAUACGCCCAAAACAAGCGUCAUUCCUAGAGCUUGCCACAACUGUCGGAUCCGUAAGGUAUUCAUAAUUCUAUGUCCGAGUCCCCUGUCGUCAAUAGCCGGCCGAGACCUUCCGGACCUGAUCCGUCGCACGCGUUCCGCGCCAUCUCCUCCGCGCUCCCAUUCGCUUAGCAUUCGAAUGUUCACAAUCACCCAGCUGACGAGUAGGGUUCUAGACACGCUGCAAUCGAGAGUUGAGAGGGCCGAAAGGUACCGUCACAGCCCUGGUGCGCCGACAAUUCAUCAACUGCAUGAGAGAUUGAAAGCCGUCGAAGAAUCUCUCAGGAACCAAAAUGACCAGCACGCCAAUAGGGCGACAUCGAUCUCUACGCCAAAUACGAUCCCGACCAUUGAGGAUGAUGCAGUCUCACAUCACUGUCUGUGGGAAGACCACCACGUCUCGUACGAGGGCGAAUCUUCAUUCAGGCAACAAACUCUACUUGCAAGUCAGAUAGAGGAACUUCGACUUGAAGAGGCGCAGACCCCAGGCGUGAUUGACAAGCUUGCAACGUUACGAGGGAUAUGCCAACGACAAGAGACCCCCAUAGAAUCGCGAUCGAACCGGAAGAUUCGCCAGCCUCAUUCAACAAAAGGGGCAGAGUUGCAGCUUCCACCAUCUGAGUUUGUGAUUCGUCUUCUUCGGACUGUGAGCCAUCACUCCAUCUUGUUCCUAUUCUACGCAGUCGAAAAUCGCAUUCAAGUCGAAGAACUCUGUCGAAGGGUGUACUUCUCUGUAGAGCCAGUGACGAUUGGAGAAGUCACCUUGCUGAACGGCUUCUUGUCGGUGCUCCUCAGGGACAUCGACUUCGAGUCAAAUCCCGAAUUCAGUCCAGAAGAAGCCAACCGGCUGUACACCAUGUGCAACUCCAACUUCAAGGCUGGAGUCGAGACUUACGAAGUGAUGGCGGUACCUACAUUCGAGCAUACUCUCAUAUUAUCCAUAGCGUGUCUAAAGGCACAACAGGAUGGCAACUUGCCGCUACAAUGGAGCCUCAUGUCCGCUGCCGCCCGACACGUCCUAGCAUUAGGUUAUCAUCGAAGGGGGAAGUUGGCCGCGUUACCGAACCAAGAAGCGCGGCGGGCACGACGACUCUUCUGGCACGUAUACUUUGCAGACCGGGGAUUGACCCUCACACAAGGAAAAGCGCCAGUGAUACAAGACAUUGAUGUCGAUGUCGAGCCAUUCGAAAUCAUUCAAACGCCGGAGAGGAAGCCCUGGGAUACCUCAUUCUCCGCCUUCAUCGAAUUUGGGAGAAUACAAUGCAAGAUCUACGAAAAGCUUUACUCUCCUGCAGCAUCCCGCUCUACGGAGGAGGAGAGGCGGACCAUAGCAGUCCAUCUUGCAAAGCGCUUAUCGACGUGGUAUGAAUCAUGGCGCAGCGUCGACUAUUCCCUCGCAUACCGAGUAGAACUGUUUCACUCGAAUGCAGCCAGCGCCAUCACGGAGGAAUGCUUCGAGGCAGCUAGGAAAGGCUUGACCGCCCAUGCAACCGCAUACCCCCGGUCCGCUUCUGGAGGAUAUGCCUCUCUAUUCACUUAUGCCGUCUGGACACAGCUCUAUUCCUCAUAUACGCCAUACAUUAUCACAUUUCUCCACUGCAUCAGGACCUCGGACGAUCAAGACCUAAACCUGAUGCGCUCCUCCUUGGAGAUCAGCGAGCGCCUAAGUAGCUUGGUGGAAUCCUGCAAGAAGCAAUAUGAAUUAUGUCGGGCCCUGUACCGCAUAGCAGAGGCCUACAUCAAGGCGAAGAAGGGUGUCGCAUGUACCGCCGUACCGGCUGAGACUACCAUCACUCUACCCCUACAACAACCGACGUCUGAUAGCUGGCCCUGCUUCGAGUCAAAUCUGGAGGCGAACCCGUUCCCGGACCUGCACGUCGAUGACUGGAAUGGCUCUUACAUGGGACAGAUGUCAUUCACCUUGGAGAACCAUCUCGGAAAGGGCAAGUUCAAGGCCUCCUCCGAUAUUGCCUCCAAUUCGGUAACAUUAGUUGCAGGUCACAUAGGUUUGCCAGACAUUAUCGGGACCUAUCCAGACGAAUGGCCAGACUUAAAGGGAUGGGCUGGCGGCUCAUAG